AUGAACGACUCUUUCGGUUCUGGUGGAGAACAGUUCGAUAGCGAAGGAGUUAUGGGAGCUGCUUUCAUUCCUGCUCCAAACGACGUUCGUUCCGCGCUACAAUAUACAGCUCUAACAUCCUUGACUCCAGCUUCCGCAGUUAUGAGUGACAUACCUUCGAUUGCAAUCACAUUUGAAGAGUAUUCGACUUGCAAUACAUCGGAUCCAGAAUAUGCGCGAAUUGCUAACCUGUUGGAAAAUCAAGCUUCCUCGCAAUUUGUAGACAUAGCCCUGCAACAGCAAUUGCAUACUGUUAGGAACUUGCUGAACCAAGUGGAUCAAAGUGUUCACAAGGACUCGGGUGAUUUACAUUCAAUUAAUGAUCAGAAAUACAAGGACAAAUUAUCACCUGUUGAUCACAAGGAGUAUCGUUCUAAUGUUUCGGAUAAAAGUCCAUGUAAAAUAUCGGAGAGUACAUCGAAUAUAUAUCCGCCACCUCCGAAAGUAAUUAUUGAAAGCGUACCUCCAAAGGAAUGUACAAAUCCAGAAAGUUCACAGAAAUAUCCAGAUUCGUCUUCACAAGUAUUAGAAAAUCGGUUGCCUUUACCGAAAGUUGUCAUAGAUAACGAAGCGUUCUCUUGUCAAAAGAAUAUAGAAGAUCGCAAUAUAACAAAUAUAACAAAGCGGCAUAAUAUGCGUAUUACUUCUCCGGAAGUUGUUAUAGAAAUUCCACCUCGCGAUAUUCUGGCAGAAUAUCGAUCACCUGAUGAAUUGCGUAGCGUGAGUCGCUAUGGGCGUCUUGAAGAAAUUGAAGUGGAUGAUUUGGGAAGGGUUCUGAAGAUUUUAGAAAGAUCAGUUCGAGAGGUUGAGACUUCAGAUAUCCUUCCUAGCAAUCUAUCAGCUUCACUUUGUACACAAAAGAAUACAUUAGUCAGCUUAGAAAAUGAUCGCUCCGAGAAUGAUGAAAUGGAUCAAGACGCCGAGUCAAAUAUCAGAAUUGUUGAAGAUAAACUCGAAAAGAUAAUCAAUGGAAUUGAAGCCGCGAUUGCAGCUUUUACAAUAAUGACUGGUGGAAAAUUAAGCAAGCAGCUUUAUCCCGAGGAUCUAAUCACUUCAAGUCUUAAUCUCGUGAAAGGUCAACUCGGAGGAAUAGUCUAUCGUAUAUUCGAGCUGAACACUUCUGAUGAUGCACUGAGCAUACAAAGUUGUACUACUGGAAUGAGUCAAGAGAAUUUCAAAAGUGUAGACGAACGACGAGAUGCGGAAGUUACUGAAAAGGGCACACGUGACGAUAAUGGCGAAUUAAGAAAAUGUGGACAUGUAUGGAAAGCUGGGAUGGACGCAGCUAGUACCAAUGCUGGUUAUAUUGGAUACAUUAAUGAUAAAAAAGCUGACACGUAUACAAAAUCGAUGGCCAUAGAUUAUUUGGGAACUAUAGCUGGUCGCAUCAAAAAAUUCGUUAAUUCCAGUAUUAUAUCUCACGAAGAAUCAUCCGACGAUAUCUGGGAGGAUAAAGACGAACGACGAUGGAUGCAUAAGAUCAAGUACAUUCCAAAGGGAGAGAUUACAACUCUCACUCGCAUGCAGGAAAUUAAGAAUCUUUACGAAUGUCAAAGGGCUGUACUCUCUUUUCUGGAGAUAAGCGCCAUGGAAGAUCCUGCUGUGCAGUGUGCGCGUCAAUUUUACUUGACGGAAUGGGGAUUUUCGUUUAUAAAUACUUUACAAUUGAUAGAAGAAAAAAAGUCGGAUUCAAAAUGCGAGGACGAGGAGGAAAAAAACAAAUAUGAGUUCAUGAAGAAGCUGAUGGAUAAAAUUAUCGCUGAAUAUUGGAGGAUGUCAUCUGAAGAUCAUAUAGCUCAAAGUCUUGGACAGAGGUCACAGAGUGUUGAUAGAUCGGAUAUCCUUCUCAUCACUGAACUUCUCGCAUCCAGACAGUCACUUUAUCAGAACUUUGAUACGAUUCUUUCUAGAAUAUUAGUAUCUUUGGACAUGGGCGUAGUGGCCUUUCGAACGAAAGCCUUAAGAGCUCUAGGACAGGUGGUGGUUUGUGAUCCUAGUAUUCUGAGUCAAGUCAAUGUUCGCCAAACGAUUGCACAAAGGCUUUCCGAUAAUUCCCCGGCAGUACGUGAUGCAGCCAUCGAUCUUGUUGGUCGAUAUCUUGCACAAAAACCCGAGAUUACCGAACAAUAUUAUAAAGUCAUUAGCGACCGUGACACCGGUCUUAAUGUGCGAAAACGUGUGAUUAAAUUACUUCGCGACAUAUACCUCAAGAGCACUGACCAGACCAUGAUGAUAGAUAUUGGAUGUAAAAUUCUCACGCGAAUAAACGACGACGACGAUCAUGUCAAGGAUUUGGCACUAAAAACUGUUCAGGAGUUAUGGCUUGUACCGUUUAAGCACCAAAAAAAUGCUGGCAUUUAUUUUGGCGAUGAAGAAAGACAAGGCGAUUUUAGUAUGAUGUCAGCUGUUGGGAAAAAAGAGGUUUUAGCAAGAAGCUUGCUGGUUGUUGGAGUCGCUGAACGACUCGGAGAAAGGAAUGGAAAUAUCAUGGGUAGUUUUUUCAAAAAGGUGUUGGAAAAAGACGACAAACAAAAACGGGAAGCGUUAAAUAUAUGUCAACAUAUGGUCGAUUGUCUUUUUGAACAUCUGUUGACUCUUCAGGACUCAAAUUCAAAGACCGAAGUUGUUAGUUGCAUUAGCACAAUAGGCCUUCUAAGCAAUGCAUCUCCAUCAUUAGUCAGUAACCACGUCGUCACCUUGCAACCUUAUUUAAAAAGCGCCAGUUCGAUUCUCCAAGAAGUCGUUCCGUGCCUUUGUGUUAUCAUAGACAAACUGACGCUUAAUUACCCGCGACUGACAAAACUUUUACGUUCGUGUACCGAAAAGCUUAAAGUAGAAAAGAAGCAAUUGGAAGCUGGCAAAGAAUUAUCAUCGGCCCGUAACGUCAUGGUACUUCUUUUGAUUAUUGGUUUGUUAUGCAAAAACUUUGAUUUCGAUAAGAAGAGAGCGGAUCAACCAGAGAAGAUGAAAGAUUUAGAUUCGAUUGACAAGGGCCCCAUAAUAACAGUUACUUUCCAGCUGGUUUUAUAUUUCUGUAAUGAUGGUCUAUCGGAAACGGUUCAAAAGAUGGCAUUGCAAAGCUUCAUAUAUCUUUCAUAUCCAAUAAUAAUGCUACGACCAGAAAGCACCAAUUUAAUGGAUCGCAUACUAAAUACUGGUGUGAUGGACAUGAAAAUACAAUUGAUGAAAGUAUUCUUGGACUUUUUGGUGGAAGAACAACAAAAGAUAAACGCGGACUUGGAAGACAAAAAGAAAAAAAAGAACAUACCUGUCGACCUGAAGGUGCUAAUCGGGAACGCUGACGAGUUUGCUGAGGCUGGCGUGAGCAGCUCUUUAAUGCAGAGAUACCUGGAUCGAAUCUUGGAAUGUACCUUCGAUCAAACCCAAAGUCUAAAAAUUGUUGCACUAGACGUUUUAGGUAACAUUAUCCAACAAGGUCUAGCACAUCCUGUCUUGUGCAUGCCAACCUUAGUCGCGAUGGAAACCAGUCCCGAGAAAAAUAUACGCGAUAAGGCAUUUAAACUUCACCAGCAUUUAAAUGACAAACACGCUUCUCUGAUACACACUCGAAACGUGGAUUGUGUUAAAAAGGCUUAUGCUUUUCAAAAGCAGCUUGCCGAUGGAAAAACAGUAUCCGGCUAUGCAAUGUAUACUCAAGAAGGGCAGCCUGAAGCCUUGCUAAAUCCGAUGUAUUCUCUCCUUAAAGAUAAAAGAAAAUCCCGUAACGAUUUUCUCAUUUCCAUCGUUAAGACUUUUGAUUUCGACUUGAAACGCUGCGAGGAAUCCAAGGUGGACGUUGGAUUUUGCAGAUUUAUCGCCGAGAACCUUGCGAUGAUCGACUAUAAAACCAUAGAAGAAGUUCUUCACGUCGUUCAUUUUAUUGAUCGCGUCCUAUCUGUUGUCGCAAUUAGUGUGUUGCAUUCGAUCCAGAAGAACACUCAAUUCAGUAAUAUAGUUUUUGAUAAUUCAGGAGAGGUUAUUUUAGAUAAUGUCCGUGUUUAUAUUGAGAACAAAAUUCCUGAUGACUAUUUAGAGCCAAAUGCAUUUAUAACCAAUGAAAUUGCAGAUGUUGAUGAUGCAUUGGAUACUUUGGAUUUGCCAAACGGAGGAGUACAACCGAUGGAAAUAACCGAAAAUCGGGAAGAGUUGUCGGUGCAAGAAAUCAAGAACACUGAUCAAGAGAAUGUCCUGCCGCUUUCUUAUGCCGCCACGGUUUCCAUUUGUAUGACCAUUCUAAUGUAUUUAAAAGGACAUUUAAAAAGGUUAUACUCAUUGAGCGAGGCAAAAUGUCGGAAUUUCAAUCCAGUACAAAGCGGAUCUCACAAGGACAAACCGGCUGUACGCAAUCAGACCGCCCCGUCUGUUAUAUCGUGGGAAGGACUUCCUUUCCUGGAAAAACCCUUGCUCUCGGAAAAUGAUGUUUAUAAGCAAUGCGAAUUGUUCAGAAGACUCAUGGCCGAGGAUGGGACUCAAGAGGAAGAAUUUGCUGAAACUGAAUUGGAAAGUGAUUUGUUCUACAAGCAACCAAAUGAAUACAACAAUAUGGAUUUCGAAAUUACUGCCUCGUAUGCGCUCGAUGAAACCUCGAUGAGACAAGUGGGCACCAACUCAUCGUCUAGAAAGGGAAUAGUAAGAAAGUUGGGUGGCCCGUCAAAAUCAAAGGUCGCAUCAAAAUCUUCAGUCGUCAGAAAAAGAAAUUCAUCCCCUUCAAAAAAGUCAAAAAAGAAACGAAAAUCCAUUAUGGAUAUGGUAUCUGAGGAGGAAGAUGGUGACCUGAUUACGUGA